AAUCAAUUGAAAACACCUUUAAUAAUACCUCAAAAAAAUGUAUCAUUAAAUACAUCACUUAAUGCCAAAAUAAAUCAUCAAAUAAAUUUUAAUCAAUCAUUGCCAGAAGCCGGAGGAAUUAAUCAUCCAGUUAAAAUGAAAAGAUUUCGUAAAGCGACAGCAAUUUAUACAUUACCAACAAGAUCAUCAAGAAAAGCUGGUAGUAUUAGUUCAUCAACAGAUGCAUCAUCAUCAAAUGAAGCAGUUCAUCUGCAACAACGUUUAAAAAGUUUAAGUACCGAAUUGGUAACAUUACGUAAUAGAUUACAUGUUGGUCAAACCGGGACUGGUACUGCAAAUAACACAAAUAAUAAUAACAAUAAUAAUAAUAAUGGUAAUACAACAACAGCAGCAACAAAUGUUGGUAAUAGCAAUACAAACAAUUGUAUGAAUUCGACUACUUCCAUAAAUGGUCUUACACUAAACUUAAAUAAUACAAAUAAUGGUAUUAAUGGAACAACACAAUCAGCAGCAUCAACAACAAAUCCUCUUCUUCAAACGAAUUGUAAUACAGGAACAACAACAACAGCAACAUCAAUACAACAGCAACAACAACAAUCAAUAACAACAGGACAAUCAACAACAUCAAAUGUUAUUUCUGGAACAACUAAAAAUUCACAAACAAAUCUAAAUGUAAUAAAUCAAAUUUCAAAUAGUAAUAUUAAUAAUAAGGGUAAUAGUGGUUGUAAUAUCAUUGGUAAUGGUGGUUUUAUUGGUGGUGGUGGUGGUGAUAGUAUUACAAAUAAUACUUUAUCAAAUACAAUAAAUAGUGAUAACGGUGGUAAUAAAACUGGAACUGUUAGCAAUAUUAGAAAUUCUAAUAUUAGUACAAAUAAGACAUAUCCCUUAAGUAUACCACCCGGUGGUGGUGGUGGUAGUGGUACUGGUAAUACCAAUAUUGGAAAUUCAGCCAUAAUUUCAUCUCGAAAUACAUCGAUACCUUUACCAUUACCACAUCAUGUUAUAGGAUCUAUAGAAAAUCGUUGUGACACAAUAUCACGAAGAUCAAUUGGUAUAUUAAAUGAUUUACAUACAACAAUUACAACAUCAGGUACAACAGCUGCAACUGCUGCAACACAUACAAAAUCUUAUGAUGCAAUUAUAUCACAUACAACAAAACCAUUAACAUUUGAUUAUGCUAAUGGUAACAGUAAUGGACAAUGUAAUAUUAAUGGUAUUAAUAGUAAUGGGAUCAAUAAUAAUAAUAAUAAUAAUAUUAAUAAUAUAUCUAAUUGUGGUGUUGUUAAUAAUAUUAAUAUUAUAACAGCAGCAACAAAAACAAUUGAUAAUGGUAAACAAAAGAAACCAAAUGAAAUGGAUGAUUUAAUACAUUUAACAGGACCAUUAACAGAGGAUGCUGUUACGAGAACAUUACAAUCUAGAUUUAAUAAUAAUGAAUAUUUUACAAAUGUUGGACCAAUAUUAUUAUCAAUUAAUCCAUAUCAUGAUGUUGGUAAUCCAUUAACAUUAUCAUCAACACGUUCAUUACCAUUAGCAAAUCAAUUACGUCGUAUUGUACAAGAAGCUGUACGACAACAAGCAGAAACUGGUUAUCCACAAGCCAUAAUAUUAUCGGGUACAUCAGGUGCUGGUAAAACACAUUGUUCAAUGUUACUUUUAAGACAAUUAUUUGCUGUUGCUGGUGGUGGACCUGAAACUGAUGCAUUUAAACAUUUAGCAGCAGCAUUUACAGUAUUAAGGUCAUUGGGAUCAGCUAAAACGACAACAAAUUCGGAAUCAAGUCGAAUUGGGCAAUUUAUUGAGGUGCAAGUAACUGAUGGUGCUUUAUAUAGAACAAAAAUUCAUUGUUAUUUUUUGGAUCAAACACGUGUCGUUCGACCAUUACCAAAUGAAAAAAAUUAUCAUAUAUUUUAUCAAAUGUUAGCUGGUUUAAGUCGUGAAGAACGCAUUAAAUUAAAUUUAGAAGGUUAUACACCAACAAAUUUACGUUAUUUACAAAAUGGUGAUACACAACAAGAUGAAGUUGAAGAUUCAACAAGAUUUCAAGCAUGGAAAACAUGUCUUGGUAUUCUAGGUAUACCAUUCUUAGAUGUUGUUCGAGUAUUAGCUGCUGUAUUAUUAUUGGGAAAUGUACAAUUUGUUGAUGGUCAGGGACUUGAAGUCGAUGUCAAAGGAGAAGCCGAAUUAAAUUCUGUAGCAGGUUUACUUGGUGUACCACCAGCUGCAUUAUUUCGCGGAUUAACAACACGUACACAUAAUGCACGUGGUCAAUUAGUUAAAUCAGUUUGCGAUGCAAAUAUGUCGAAUAUGACUAGAGAUUGUCUAGCAAAAGCUUUAUAUUGCCGUACCGUAGCAACAAUAGUAAGACGUGCAAAUAGUUUAAAACGUUUAGGUUCGACAUUGGGUACAUUAAGUUCCGAUUCAAAUGAAUCAGUUCAUAAUCAAGGUGAUGUGGCUAGCCAACAUGCUUCAACUAUUGGUGGAAAUUCUGGAUCCAAAUCAAUGGCGGCAUUAAAUAAUGCUGUACGACAUGCAACUGACGGUUUUAUCGGUAUAUUAGAUAUGUUUGGUUUUGAAGAACAGUCACCAGCUCAGUUGGAACAUUUAUGUAUUAAUUUGUGUGCUGAAACAAUGCAACAUUUUUAUAAUACACAUAUUUUUAAAUCAUCUGUUGAAUCUUGUCGUGAUGAAGGUAUUUUAUGUGAUACCGAAGUUGAUUAUGUAGAUAAUGUGCCAUGUAUCGAUUUAAUAUCAUCUCUAAGAACUGGACUACUAAGUAUGUUAGAUGCUGAAUGUUCAGUAAGAGGAACUGCUGAAAGUUAUGUUGCUAAAAUUAAAGUGCAACACCGUAACUCGACUAGAUUAGAGACGAAGCAUACAGAAUUACAUGAUCCUAGAAUGUUUACAAUUAGACAUUUCGCUGGAAAAGUAGAAUAUGAUGCAACAGAAUUUUUAGAUACUAAUCGUGAUGUUGUACCUGAUGAUUUAGUUGCUGUUUUUUAUAAACAUACAUGUAAUUUUGGUUUUGCAACGCAUUUAUUUGGUUCAGAAUUAAAAGCUCUUUACGCAAUGGAAAAUGUUCCAAGGGGAUUAAGUUUUCGUAUAGCUCCAACAAGUCACACAGAUUUAUUAAAUGGUGAUGAACCAGUUUCAACAUUAACACAAGAUUUCCAUACACGUUUAGACAAUUUGUUACGAACAUUAGUUCAUGCUAGACCACAUUUUGUUCGUUGCAUAAGAAGUAAUUCAAACGAAAUUCCAGGGCAAUUUGAACGGAUCACUGUUGUUAAACAAAUUCGUGCGUUACAAGUUCUUGAAACAGUUAAUUUAAUGGCAUCGGGUUUUCCUCAUCGUAUGAGAUUUAAGCAGUUUACAGCAAGAUACAAAAUGUUGGCACCAUUCAGAUUAUUGAGAAGAUGCGAAGAAAAAGCUUUGGAAGAUUGUGACCUAAUAUUACAAUAUGCUAUGGAAAAUCUUCCAGAAAUUGAUGGUUCUGUUACAUUAUCCUGGGCACCUGGUAAACGACAUGUUUUCUUAAGUGAAGGGAUACGUCAACAUUUAGAAAAAUUAAGAAGUGAUGUACGCACAAAGAGCGCAACACUUAUACAGGCAAUAUGGAGAGGAUGGCAAUUAAGAAAGAGAAUAGGUACUGUUCGUCGACCUAGAGAAAUCAUUUUAACUUCAACUAAACUGAAUAAAAGUACGCCGAACGCUGCUCCACGAAUUUCAUCAACAACGGGUACUACAACGAGACCAAGACCUCAACCAAUAGCUGGUACACCACCACCAGAUCCAAAUGAAAAAUGUGAUUCUAAAAUAAUUCAACAAACUUGUACUCUAUUUGGAUUAGAUUUGGAAAGACCACCACCAGUUCCACCAUCUAGACCAUACACAGUAACUGGAAAUUCAAAAUUGGGUUAUCCUCAAACAAGAAUAAUGAAAAUGAAUUUCCCUGAAGAUUCUAUUACAAAUCCACCAGUUGAACAAUUAAAAAAAGGUGAAACUGUUACUGUUGUUGGUGCAUCACAUUGUCGUGGUCAUCUAAUUGUUGAACAUAAAGGACAAAGUUUUCAUGUACCAUUUCAAUAUAUGUCAAGUCCAUGGAAAAUCUCUACUAAAUGUAUGGAAAAUUAAUUAAUCAAAUCAUUUAUGUAAUAUUUUUCCAUUUAUAUAUAUUUAUAUAUACUACAUAAAUUUUCAAAAUUAAUAAUAUUAUGCUUUUAUAAUACUUAAUUGCCAAUAAACUCCUUAUAAAAAUUG